CUCCACCGUUCAGAUUGAAGCUCCACGAGUCCUUAGACUCCUCCUAAAAUUUCAGCUCGAUCGGACAAGAUUUGGACCUCCAAUCGACCAAAAAACCAGACCUGCGUUUUGAAGAAAAAGGCAGCGAAUUCCUCUCCUCUUACGGCUGUGUUUCUCCUUUCUUUUGUGCGUGAAUUGUGAUGGGACAUAAAACAAAUUACUACAACUAUCCCCAGCUUGUCAAUAUUCUUGGAGCCAAUAGCUGUUUGCAUUAUAUGUGUUCAAGUUGCUUGUCCCAUGCCUUUUUUUGGCUGGGAAUCAUUUGGCCCUUCACCUGCUGAGGCUGUACUUUAUUCUCCAGAUGCCAAACUUCCAAGAACAGGUGAGUUGGCUUUGAGAAGAGCUAUCCCUGCAAACACAAGUAUGAAAGCCAUACAGCAAUCCCUUGAGGACAUUUCAUACAUGCUAAGGAUACCACAGAGAAAACCAUAUGGCACAAUGGAGAGUAAUGUGAAGAAAGCUCUUAAGAUUGCAACUAAUGAGAAGGAAGCCAUAUUUGCUAGCAUACCACUUAACAUGAGAGAAAAUGGUUCGGCUUUGUAUGCAUCUCUAAUUGAUGGAAAGGAUGGAUUGCAAGGCCUUAUAGAGUCUAUUGAGGAUAAUGACCUAGAUAAGGUCUCAGCUGCUGUUGCGUCUUCACUUGAUACAGUUUCACAGUUGGAGUUGUUACAGGCUCCAGGGUUAUCAUUUCUGUUGCCUGAUCAGUACUUGAACUAUCCGAGGCUCACAGGAAGAGGAAUGGUAGAAUUCACUUUUAGGAAAGGAGAUGGUUCGAUGUUUUCUCCAGAAGCCGGAGGUGAAGCAAAGAACAUGGCAAAAGUUCAGGUUGUUUUAGAUGGCUAUUCAGCACCACUGACCGCAGGAAACUUUGCGAAACUGGUGGUGGAUGGGGCAUAUGAUGGGGUGAAGCUCAACUGUGCAAAUCAAGCAAUUCUCACAGAACACCGGCUGGGAAAGGACAAUGGAUAUAGCAUUCUGUUAGAGAUCAUGCCAACCGGCCAGUUCGAGCCAAUAUACAGAACAACCUUGAGUGUGCAGGAUGGGGAGCUUCCUGUGCUCCCGUUAUCAGUUUAUGGAGCAGUUGCAAUGGCACACAGUGAUGUUUCCCACAAGUUUUCCUCACCAUCCCAGUUUUUCUUUUAUCUGUAUGACAAGAGAAAUUCUGGCUUAGGAGGCAUAUCUUUUGAAGAAGGUCAAUUUUCGGUUUUUGGGUAUACUACUGUUGGAAGAGAAAUUCUUUCUCAAAUAAAGAGUGGCGAUAUGAUUGUAUGUGCAAAGCUUGUUGAAGGCCAGGAUCGCCUGGAACUAUCUAAAGAGAAGCUGUGAAGUCUUAAGAAGAGUUAUUCAGCAUCUCACUGGCUUUGUAUCCCCCUCAGCAUGAGCCGCGGUUUCUUGGAAACAACCUCUCUACUUUCGAGUAGUGGCUGACUGACAAAGUCUGCGUAUGCACACCUUCCCCAGAACCUACUCUUGUGGGAUCCAACUGGGUUGUCGUUAUCUUUUACUCCCUCUAAUCCUAAUUUAGUUGUUCACUUUAUUAUUUUUGUUUGUCGAGAAAUAAUUUUCUAUUUUUCAUAUUCAAUAAAGAAAUUAUGGUAAAUAGU